AUGCAGGGAAAUCAAGGUUGGAGAAACAACAAUAACAACCAAGGAUACGGAUGGAGAAAUGAAGCUGGGCCAUCCAAUAGACCACCACAACAACAACAGCAACAUCAGCCUGUUUAUCCUUCUAUGCAUGAAAGAACCAGCAAAUUGGAGGAUACUCUAAACCAGUUCAUGCAGGUGUCUAUGAAAAACCAGAAGAACAUAGAGGCAUCCAUCAAGAACUUGGAGGUGCAGGUGGGUCAGCUAGCUAAACAAUUAGCUGACAUGUCCGGAGGCCCAUUCUCAACCAAUACCAAGACCAACCUUAAAGAGCAUUGCAAAGCCAUAACAACAAGAAGUGGGAAGGUAGUUAGUGAAGAUGUUGGAGUGAGUGAGAACAAUGAGGGUGCUGAGAAUGAGGGAGAAAAUAAUGAAUUGAAAGAGUUUGAGGAAGAAAGUGAGAAGAAUGAGGGAGAAAACAAUAAGAGUGAGAGUAAAGAAAAAGAAAGGCAAUUCCUGAGAUUUCUGGAUAUCAUCAAGAAGCUACAGAUUAAUAUUCUUUUCACUGAAGCCAUGGAGCAAAUGCCCAUGUAUGCUAGGUUCAUGAAGGAAUUGUUAACUAAGAAGAGAGGAAUUCUUGAAGAAGAAACUGUGGAGCUUGAGGCAGGAUGCAGUGCCAUUAUACAGAAGUCUCUACCUCAGAAGUCCAGAGAUCCAGUCAGUUUCACUCUCCCUGUAUCAAUCGAUAAUCUUUCAGUGGGUAAGGCACUCUUAGACCUUGGAGCCAGUAUUAAUUUGAUGCCCUUAUCCAUGUUGAAGAAGAUAGGAGAAGUGGAAGUGAGACCUACAAGGAUGACCUUGCAGUUGGUAGAUAGAUCCAUUAAGCUUCCACAUGGUAUAGUGGAAGAUAUGAUCGUGAAGGUUGAUAAGUUCAUGUUUCCGGUUGAUUUCGUAGUCAUGGAUAUGGAAGAGGAUGUAGAAGUUCCUUUGAUAUUGGGCAGACCCUUUAUGAAGACAGCUUGA